AAGCGAACCCAACUCGUUUGAUCGAACCGUUCGAACAGCUGUGCGAACAUUUAAUUUUGUCGUUUGGUCAAACAAGUUCGAAGGCAACCUUGCGACGAAAUUUCGAGCAGCGGAUGUGGCAACGCCAGGAAAAGUUUGCCACUUAUUUCGAAGCGAAGAUGACUUUAGCAGAAAAUAUAAAUUUGGAUACAGAGGAGCUGUUGGAGCAUCUGAUUGAAGGCAUCUCGUCAGAUAUUUUGCGUGAUCAGGCACGCAUACGAUGUUUUACGGAUCCGAUGGAGUUGCUUAAGGCGCUUACCAAUAUCCAGUUGCCGAAUGUGAAAUCGACAGCUGAUUGGGUGAAACCACCAAUCGUUAAGAAGAGCGCUGAUGGAAAGGAAUGGUGCUGUUAUAAUUGCAACGCACGAGGACACAUUGCCAAGGAUUGCGGUAAACCAAAGAGACCACCCGGUUCGUGUUAUGGAUGUGGCGUUGAUGGUCACUUCAUUGCCCAAUGCCCAAAGAGAAAAGUGCGCCGAGGAGACGACGAUGACUAUAAUGCCUCAUAGACUCAGGAAGCAGUACAUCAAUAAUUAAAAAAUCAAAGGUGCCGGCUGGAAUUUGCCUACAUCCUGUUUUGAAGUCAUAUUUUGGAGUAAAUAAAAGUCCAUUGAGAAUACAUGGCAAAAUUUUCUGUUUCAUAAUUAAAAAUAAAGUAAAAAUUAAUUUUGAGUU